GAAUGUACCAUUAGUCGCCACUGUACCAGUAAUUGCCACUCUUGGCUCAAUUAAUUAGAAAACAAGCAAACUCUUUGAAAUAUUUUCUAAUACGCCAUCUCUUAUUUAAAAUUUGCCCUUUAGAAAUAAAUAUCUCAAUGGAAAGAUUUCUAAUAGAUGUCGGGUCUGAGUCAGUUUUUGCUCCAAAAAUUGCGCGCAUUUAUCGUUGUAGGUUAUGUGCUGUGGCUUAACUGAUUUGUUAAGACUUUUUAUGAAAAAUGGCCCAGCCACCAGGAAGAAAACCGUUUUUUCGCUAUACGACGGAGGCAAUGAAAAAUGCAAUUUCUGAUGUUCGUCAUGGCAGUUCAGUUAAAUCAGCCGCAAAAAAAUUCGACGUUCCAAGGAGGACUCUCGGCAACAAAGUCAAUGGGAAAACACCGGAAGAGAGAAAAAUGGGACCCUCUACCAUUCUAACGACCGAAGAGGAAAAACGUUUAGUUAGUUGGAUUAUUUCGAUAUCUAGAAUGGGCUUUCCUCUAGUUGAGGAUGAUGUCCUGACAACAGUAAAAAAAAUUAUGUCAAACACCGGAAGGGAUAAUCCUUUUAAUAACAACAAACCUGGUAGAAAAUGGUUUACUCUCUUUAUGAGAAGACACAAAGAAGCACUCGCCAAAAGAACUCCAGAGCAAUUAGGUGGAAACCGAGCCGUUGUUACAGAGGAAAAAAUUCGAAACUGGUUUGCAGAAGUUGAAGCUACUUUGAAAAGUGAAAAUGUGUUUAACGUUCUCAAAGAUCCAAGCAGGAUAUUUAACUGCGAUGAAUCCGCUUUCCAGAUAUGCCCAAAAAGUGGAAAAGUUAUUGCUCCAAAAGGGGAACGGAACGUUUAUGAGCUUACAAAAGGAUCGGAUAAAGAAUCGCUCACAGUAUCAAUUUGUAUUUGCGCAAACGGAAUUAUUUUACCGCCAUUUAUUGUAUAUUCAUACAAAAGAAUUCCCGCAGAUAUUGUGAGAAACAUACCUGAUGACUGGGGUGUAGGAAAAACAGACAAUGGCUGGAUGACUGGAGAGUCAUUUUUUGAAUAUAUCACUAACGUGUUUUUCCCAUGGUUAAAACAGAAUAAUAUUAACUUUCCUGUUAUUUUAUUUCUAGAUGGCCACACUUCCCAUCUAACAUUAGAAGUUAGUGAAUUCUGUGCUGAAAACAAAAUAAUUCUAGUAGCUCUCUAUCCAAAUGCAACCCAUAUACUCCAGCCAUGCGAUGUAAGUGUGUUUAAGCCGAUGAAAACAUCUUGGAGAAAAAUCGUACAUGAAUGGAAAUUUAAUCAUCCUCAGGAAACUCUUAACAAAGCCACCUUUCCCAUUCUUUUUCAAGAAGUGUUUCAAAAAGUUAGUCCAGAAUCUGCAAAGAAUGGAUUUAAAAGAUGUGGCUUAUAUCCAUGGUCUCCAAAUGAAGUGGAUUUUUCAAAAUGUUUAAAACAGCCAAAUAUUAUGAUAGAUGAUGAUCAAAAAAAAAUACUUCAACAAAACCCCCAAGAAAUGAAAACAUGUUUGAAAACUUUAGAAAAGCACAUACCUGAAGAUACUCUAAUAGAAUUUAGGAAUACAUUAGAAAGUUUGGAAGACUGGAAUGGGGAUGUUGCGUUUAAUGAGUUAUUUAAAGUUUGGCGAAAAUUAAAAAAAGAGUGUGAGGAAACAAAAGAAGCAAAGAAUACAGCACCAUCAAGUACUUCACAAUCUGAAAACUUGUCAAAUUCAGGUUUAGAAGGGCCAAGUACUUCAAAAGAAAUAGAGAUGCCUGAAAAUGUGCCCGUAAAAACCAAUGUUAUAGUGCAACAAACUCCAGAAAAAAAUGUUCACGAAACAGGUCAAAUGUGCGUAGGCGAUUCUAGCUCAGAAUCUCCUUUUUCAAAAGCAAUAAAAUGGCCAACAUCAGCGGUUUCAGUGACAAAAGCUAAAAGAAAUCUUGUUAAAGUACCAUCAGUUGUGACGUCUAAAGAGUGGAAGAAAUACUAUGCCAAAAAAGAACAGGAAAAAGUACAAAAAGAACAAGAAAAAGAAAGGCGAAAACAGGAAAGAGAACAAAAAAGAUUGCAGAAAAUCGAGGAUGCUAAAGCAAAUAAUAGUACAAAUAAUGAAAAAUUAUCAAAAAAGAGACCUUUAUAUGAAGACACUUCAACAUCAGAAGAUGAAUCAAUUGUGUAUAAUGAAACUUCAGACGAAUCAGAAAUGUUUGCAUCUGACGAAAACUACGAAAAUCCAGAUACAUCUGAACAUAUUUGCAAUAAUAUUGAUAUUAAAUUAGAAUAUUAUUAUGCAAUAUACUAUGAAGAACAGUUUUUUAUUGGAAGGGUAAUAAAAAUACAAAAUGAUAAUGUAGAGAUAAAAUUUUUGAAAGAAAGAUUAGAGAACUCAUUUGUAUGGCCCCAAAAUCCAGACCUGGAUUUAAUACAUAAGAAAUACAUAUUUUUUGGACCAAUACGGCUGUUUGGAAAUGAACCGUUCUAUAUUGAAAACCACGUUCUACGAAAAAUUAAAUCUGUUUAUCGUUUGUUGAAAAUUAAAAAACAAUUGUAAAAUUACAUAUUAAAACUAUGUUUUAAUAAUAAGUUUGUAUUCGAUUUCUUAUUUUUUUAAUAAAUACUUGCUUACUACUAUUUUGAUUUUAUUUAAAAAAAUGUGUUGGAAGUUAAAAACCUACAUUUAAUUAUAAUUCUACUAGUAAGUACAUGAGUUUCCCAUGUGGCAAUUACUGGAUUUUUAAGUGUGGCAAAUUUUGGAAUAAACAAAAAUUUCUAGUGGCAAUUAAUGGUUUUUUUUAUGCCGUGAAAAAAAAAUAAAAAAAAUAUUUUUUUUGCCAGAAAUAAAAGAUACUUAUAUAUAGAUGUUAAUAAUAAAGGGCUGCUUGAGUGUCUAAACCAAUCCAAACUAGUAUAUUUAGUUAUUUAAAAGUAUAGUAAUUAAAUAUUGAAAAUCCAGCUCUUAAAGUGGCAAUUACUGGUACAUUC